AUGUCUGCGGUUGGGAGUGUGUCCCCACUGCAGACUGUGAUGGUGCAGUGUGGAGAGCACAACCUGCUGGUCAGGGCCCAGCUGGAUUUAUUUGGAACUGGGCACCUGAUUAAAGCUGCUGACUUGAGCCUGGGGACAGCAGGUUGUCAGCCAACCAGGGUCUACCCUGAGAACCAGACUGUCCUCUUUGACUAUGGGCUGCAUGAGUGUGGUAGUAGAUUGCAGAUGACUGGAGAUUUACUGAUCUACACCACCCACUUGACCCACAUCCCAAACUAUCCUGGAUCUGUCAUUGUGAGAACCAAUGGAGCUGUUGUUCCUGUUGAAUGUCGUUAUUUCAGGAAGGGCAAUGUGAGCAGCAAUCCCAUCAAGCCCACCUGGAUCCCAUUCAGCUCCACCAGGUCUGGAGAAGGGCAUCUGUUAUUCUCCCUGCGUCUAAUGAAUGGUGAUUGGCUUACAGAGCGCACUUCUACUGUCUACUCCCUGGGAGACCUCAUUCACAUUGAGGCAUCUGUUUCAAUGGCCAACCAUGUGCUCCUGAAGCUGUACAUUGAUCGCUGUGUAGCUACACUGAGCCCAGACGAGGACUCCACCCCGAGAUACAGCAUCAUUGACUACAAUGGUUGCCUCCUGGACAGCAAAGCUGAGGACUCCUUUUCAACCUUUGUGUUGCCCAGAGACGGGCGGGAUCUGGACAAGCUCCGGUUUGACCUGGAUGCCUUCCGUUUCUAUGGAGAUGAGCGAUCCUUGAUAUUCAUCACCUGCCACCUGAGAGUUGCUGCAGUGGAUCAGGGAGAUUCCAGGAACAAAGCUUGUACUUUCCAGAAGCUGGAGCGUAUCUGGAGGCCAUUGGAGGGGUCAGACAGUGACAUUUGUGCCUGUUGCCAUGUGGGGAAUUGUGGGAGCACAAGGGAGAUCCUGAUCCCUUUCAGAAGAAGGAGAGACCUUGCUACUGAAGCAGAGAGUGAAGCUGGAUUGGAGUGGGAGGGGGAGGCCUCACUUGGUCCCCUGAUCAUUCUGGAUACUGAGCUGACCAACCUGGCAACACAGCCCCUGACUGAGGGUGAUGGAAAGAUGCAGGAGAGGUCUCCAAGCGGUGUGGAGUCAGAGCUGGUUGUGAUGGUGGUCCUGACUGUGACAGCUGUCUGUCUGAUCUCUGCUUCAUUGCUGGCCUUCCUCCUGUACAGGAGACACAAGCAAACACCCAUCAACUGGUGA